AUGGCAGGACUGACGCUCGGCAAAGGCGCGUGGGACUGCGACAACAACGUCGAGAUACCCCCUGACAAGGAGCAAAUAGUCUUCGAGGAGGUCGCCACGAGAGAGUUCUUGGCUUUCGGGGUGCUCCCCACGGUCCCGCGACGUAAAGACAACGACCACCUCGCCUUCUUCUGCGACGGUUGUAGGUACAGAAUCAAGGCCAGCGUGCACGACGACACCGUGCGGGACAUCAGGCGGAGGCUCUGGGAGGGCGGACUCGGCCGAGGCGGUGCGAUGCAGACUGGCAAGAGAGACAUCAUCGAGCGUUGGGAGGACGUCAUGCUGAGCUACAAGUUCAAGAUGAUGGUGGACGAUGACGCGAACCUCGCGGAGUACGGCGUGCCCCCUGGGUGCAAGUGUCUCAUCGCUGUCGAUAAGAACAAGCUCGGAAAGCCACCGCCGUUCAAGAGCGAUUAUUGGGCGUGA